GCAAGCUUCGUUGAUACUAUCUUUUAAGCCCUGCCGAGCCCGUGCUGUGACCGGAUUGUCAAGCUGAUCUUAUGCCGUUCCUCCCCACGAGCCCUGACAACGCACACGCUGCAACGCUUCUCCGUGCGUCUGUCAUUCUUUUCGGAUGACAGCCUCUCUCUUGCCCCAAAAUGUUUUGAUCUAUCUAGACCAUGCUGCAGAUUGUCAGAUCUAUCUAUCCGCGAGGGUAAUGUUUGGGCUGACCUAUUCGGGAACAGCGGGCAAUAGAGCAUUGAUCAAGACCUGCAACAAGGAGGUCUUCGGUAGACAAGUUGCCGUGCUCGACAGACGAACAAUCCCGUGCACCCGCAGUAGCGUCUUGAUGUUUAUGUGUUUAUUUUGUAUAUUCAUCUUUGCUUAUACGGAUGAUCCUAGUGUAUGGGUAGUAGAGCCAGCCGGUCAAGACUAUGUAAAUGAUGUCCUAAAAGAGUUCUCACGUGUUCGUUCAUGGGGUUCCGUAGGCGGUCUACGGGGUUUAAAGCGGUCAUGGAUUCUAUCUAGCUUGAUCGAUAUCAAUAGUAAUAGGAUCUAUUGGUUGCAAAUCAGACCACAACCGCCCGUAUCUGCUAGGUCGUCAUAGGAUACUAAAAGUAGGAUGCUGAGAUGAGCCUUACCUGUGGGAUGGGAAUAGGUAUCCGAGAAGAGGGUCUUCGCAUGUCAAGCUCCGUAUGUAGACGGUAGGCC